AUGGGAAAGAAAGAUGAAGAGUACUAUUGUCGGAAGGGAGAUAGUGAAAAUAAUGUAGGAGAAAAAUCAAGAGAUGAUGAUGAGAACUGUAGAUUUGAUUACUAUGACGAUAGUGAUAGUGCAAGUUCAGGGGAUGAAGACUAUCAUUUAUACUCCAAUUUUGUACCGGAUGGAGGAGAGGAAACAUUGAAUGAAGGAGUUGGAGGUGGGUGUGGAACAGAUGAAAAGAUAGUUGUUGUUGUUGAUGGAGCCUUUUUGAAGGGUGAAUACAAAGAGACUCUACUGAUAGCAACAACACAAGAUGAAAACUUUAAUAUAUUUCCAUCAGCGUAUGCGGUUGUUGAUACAAGGAAUGACGAGUCGUGGGAAUGGUUUUUUAGGCAAUUGAGUUGUGUAAUUCCUGAUGAUGAAAGAUUUGCACUGAUAUCUGAUUGGCACAAAUCUAUAGGGAACGCUAUUGGUAAAUUGUUAAUCCGCAAUAGCAUGCUUACUUGCAUCGUGCAUAUGUAUGCAAGUGGAGCAGGGCUCACUUUCCUGGUGAUAAAGUACAACUUCACAACGAGAAACAUUGCAGAAUCGAUAAACAAAGUAAUGAAUCCUGUUAGAGCUUAUCCCAUUGCCGAGUUACUAGAUGUGGUCCGAAAUAUGCUGACACGUUGGUUUGCUAGAAAGAGAAAAAAAGCUACCGCAAUUCCAACUGUACUGACGAAAGGAGUGGAGAAUCUGUUGGAGGCACGUAUUGAACAUUCAAGGCGUCUAAAUUUUGAAGAAAUUGAUAAUCAAUUUCAAGUCACAGGAGAAAAGACAUGUUCAUGUAGGCAUUUUGAUUUGGAGAGGAUUCCAAGCUUACAUGCUAUCACAGUCGCAGAGAAGGCUAAACAAUCCCGUAUACAACAGUGUCAUGCAUACUAUCGUAAAGACAACCUCUGCAAUGGUAAUGAGAAGUCGAUAAUGCCGAUAGAUAUGUCCUGCAUUGUUCUACUACGGUUACAUUGUAUAAAUGUAAACUGUCUUUCGUUAGGAAUCCUCCAGAAAGACCAAAGAUGUCGAGAAUGA